AUGAGAACACAGCGGCAAGACGACCCGGAGGAUGUUGUCGCCGUCAGGGAACGCAACACGAGAACGAAGAACUCAUCAGAACCGGUCCCAUUUGAUCUAACUUUCGAGAUAUUUUCGAGACUGCCCGCUAAAUCUGUAGCGAGAUUUCACUGCCUCUCGAAGAAAUGGGCUUCCACUCUUCGCCUCACAUAUUUCACGGAUUUGUUCUUCACCAGAUCUUCGGCUCGGCCGCAGCUAUUGUUCGCCUGCCACAAAGAUCGUCACGUGUUCUUCUUCUCCUCAUCUCAGCCUCACAUUUUUCAUCAUGAGCAGCAGCACUCGUCUCUUUUAGCCGCCAAGUAUCAGAUGAAAAUUUCGAAUCCCUUCUUUUCAUCUGAAGGAUUUAUUUCUACAAGAGGCCUUGUCUUUCUUAGAGAUGUAAGAAACAUAAGUUUUUUAAGGGGAACUAAGCAUCAGGCACCUGUCAUAUGUAAACCCAGCACGGGUCAGUAUUUGACCUUACCCAAAGUGAAAACGAGGAGGAGGAUUGGAGUGAACAGCUAUUUUGGUUAUGAUCCUGUUGAGAACCAAUACAAGGUACUUUCCAUGACCUGGUUGGUUUAUGGACAGGUGGAUUAUUGUGGGGAGCAUCAACUUCUGACAUUUGGAACUACUGGUGAACCGUCAUGGAAAAAGAUCCAAUGUCACUUGUUCUAUUCUCUUCGUUCUUUAUAUAACCAGAUAUGCAUCAAUGGUGUUCUGUAUUAUCCAGCGAUCAACAGGUCCUCCCAGGAUUACAUAAUCGUUUGCUUUGAUGUUAGGUCGGAGAAGUUCAGUUUUGUUAGAGAGAAAAGUGGCACUUUCGGUUCUGAACGUCUGAUCAACUAUAAUGGUAAGUUAGGUUCACUUGAGUCUCAAUGUUUCGGUGGAAGCUGUACAAGCAUUAACUUGAAGGUUCUUGAAGAUGCCGAAAAGCAUGAAUGGUCUGAGCAUACAUACGUAUUGCCUGCUCUGUGGAAGAAUUUAGUUGGUGACACAACUGCAAGAUUUGUUGGAGUUACUCGGACAAAUGAAAUUGUCUUGUCCUCGUACUAUCAAUAUCCACAUGCGCCUUUCUACGUUUUCUACUACAAUACCGAGAGGAACACAAUCACAAGAUUUGUAAUCCAAGGUUUUGAAGCGUUUAAGGGUUGUUACUUUCACACCUUUCUAGACCAUGUAGAGGAUUUGAACAUGAAACUUGUGAUACAUAUACUAAAGGAUGCCUUUAUUUGA